UUCGCGAAAGUGACAGGACGAAGUAUUCUCUAUUGCAAAAAUGCCGUCCAUACGACCUUUACCCGCAGAAUUAGCCGAGAAGGCACGGCUGGAGUUGAAUGAGGAUAGUAAGACGGUGGAGGCUGAUAUUGAACACCUUAAGGAUUGGAUAAAGAAGCAACCGCAUUUACGUGCCAGAACAGAUGACCAGUGGUUGAUUGCAUUCUUACGUGGAUGCAAGUUCAGUCUGGAGCGAACUAAAGAAAAGAUAGACUUGUAUUAUGCUCUGCGCACGACAGCACCUGAUUUGCACAGAAUUAAUCAGAAACAUAAGAUGUUUGAUGAAAUUCUCGAUCUGGGAUCAUUUAUAUUCCUACCGAAAGGCGCUGGGCUGACAAAACCGGCAGUGGCCAUAGUUCGGCCCGGAACAUACGAUCCCAAUAAGUACUCAGUUUCGGAUGUAGUAUCAGUAUCCAACCUAAUAGAGAAGAUUGUUCUUAUAGAAAAUGAUAAUGCUGUCAUAUCGGGUAUUCAGAAUAUUCUGGAUUUGGAAAAUGUCACUAUGGCUCAUUUUUUGCAACUAACUCCCUUUCAAAUGAAAAAAAUGGUCAUGCAUAUGCAGGAUGCUACACCUUUCCGGAUGAAAGGAGCCCAUUAUUUAAAUACUCCCACGGGUUUCGAAGCUAUUUUCAAUGCCAUCAAGGGACUACUUAAUGAGAAAAAUAAGAGUAGGCUCUACGUACACAAUAAGAAUUAUGAAGAAAUGUAUAAGCAUAUUCCAAAGGACAUCUUGCCUGCUGAGUAUGGCGGUAAUGGUGGAACAAUAAAAGAAAUUAUUGAUUACUGGAAGAACAAAGUGCGAGAAUAUAGCGCAUUUUUGGAUGAAGAUUUAGAAUAUGGCACUGACGAAUCUAAACGACCUGGGAAACCCAAGACUGCAGAAGAUAUGUUUGGUGUAGAAGGUUCCUUCAGGAAGCUAGAAUUCGAUUAUCGUCCUCUGACACCUGCGCUGGCGGAGAAAGCUCGUGUGGAACUGAAUGAAGAUCCUAAGAGACUGCAAGAGGAUCUACAACACGUCAAGAAUUGGCUGGCGAAGCAACCGCACAUUCGAGCCAGGACCGAUGACCAAUGGCUCACUGUUUUCCUGCGUGGUUGCAAAUUCAGUUUAGAACGAGUGAAGGAGAAAAUUGAUCUUUAUUAUACUAUACAUACAGCAGCACCAGAACUCUUCCGACUAAAGCAUACUGAGCCAUUGUUCAAGGAAAUUUUCGAUUUGAAGCUUUUAAUAGUGCUACCGAAACUUCCAGCGCCGGAUUCUCCGUUAAUAUCAAUUUUCAGACCUGGAAAGUAUGACCCCCAUAAAUAUAACAUUACCGAUAUUAUGUCUGUAACAAACGUUAUCCAAAAGAUUCUAUUGGUCGAUAAUGACAACGCUUCUGUGGCGGGAUUCCGGUUUAUAAUGGAUUUGGAAGGGGCUUCAAUGGCUCACUUCUUACAAAUGUCUCCGACACUAAUGAAAAAGGCGACUGUGUUUUCACAAGAUGCAUCACCAGUGCGCAUGAAAGGUUUCCAUUACUUAAACACUCCACCAGGCUUUGAAACUGUUUUCAACUUCAUGAAAGGUCUACUCAACGAAAAAAAUCGAAAUCGUCUUUACGUUCACAACAAAAAUUAUGAAGAAUUAUACAAGUACAUUCCGAAAGACAUUUUACCUAUUGAGUAUGGAGGAACCGGUGGAACAAUUGACGAAAUUACAAAUCACUGGAGACAAAAAGUUCAAGACUACAGCUCCUGGAUAGAGCAAGAUCGGACGUAUGGUGUGGACGAGGCUAAGCGGCCGGGCAAACCCAGGACAGCGGAAGAUUUGUUUGGUGUUGAAGGCUCCUUCAGACGUCUGGAAUUCGAUUGAAUUAUUAAGUUCGAGUAUAAGGAUAAAGGGUUUAUAUCGCUUUUAUUUUGUUUUUAUUACUUUUAAGUGAAUA